AACACAGGCUUACCCUUUUGCUUCUUCUCUCUCUCAAGAGUUUCCACUCAAACCAGAUAGAUCACAACCUCCAAAACACAACACCACAAGGAAACAAAACAACCCAUUGAGAGCUUGCACAACUCUCAUGGUAGUAGUAGCACUACUACUUCACACACUCUCUCUCUGAGUGCCUCACACCACAGAUUCUGUGAUAUAUAUACCAAUGGAGGCCCUCAAUGCUGCUGGCUUGACCCCUCUAUCUGUGCUCUCUGAUGCAAAAACAACAAGAACUAAACACCCUUCUGUUUCUGUAUGCAAAGUCUCAAACUUUUCCACCUCCACCAACAAAAAACAAACCUUGCUGCAAAGUUGCAUAUCAAAAACUUUGCAUGGGGGGCUGAUUCUUGCAGCUUCCGUUGUAAAUGGUGGAGCUGCCACAGCUUUAACGUACGAUGAAGCCCUGGGACAACCUUUGAGCCUCCCUGGUGCUGGGGACUUUGAUGUGAACGGUUUUGUGGAGAGUGUCACUGGCUUUGCAGCUGAAAACCCUGCAAUUCUUGCUGGGGGAGUAGCUGUUUUGGCAGUGCCAUUGGUUUUGUCUCAGGUUCUUUUCAAGAAGCCUAAGGCUUGGGGUGUUGAGUCUGCCAAGAAUGCUUAUGCAAAACUUGGUGCUGAUGGGAAUGCUCAGUUGCUUGAUAUAAGGGCACUGGUGGAGAUUAGGCAAGUGGGGUCCCCAGAUGUUGGGGGUCUGAAGAAGAAAGCAGUGUCAAUACCUUAUAAGGGUGAUGAUAAGCCAGGGUUCUUGAAGAAGCUUGCUUUGAAGUUUAAGGAGCCAGAGAAUACCACAUUGUUUAUUCUGGACAAAUUUGAUGGGAACUCUGAACUGGUUGCAGAGUUGGUUACCGUUAAUGGGUUUAAAGCAGCUUAUGCGAUUAAGGAUGGUGCAGAAGGACCGCGAGGAUGGAAGAGUAGUGGUCUUCCUUGGAUAGAACCACGGAAAACAUUGAGUUUUGACAAUCUGACAGAUGCUAUAUCUGAAGCAAUAGGAGAUACCACUGAUGGCGUGGCAGUUACUCUUGGGGUUGCUGCAGCUGCUGCUGGACUUAGUCUAUUAGCUUUUUCUGAGAUAGAAUCAAUCCUCCAGGUUGUUGGAUCAGCUGCGCUCAUUCAGUUUGCAAGCAAGAAGCUUUUGUUUGCUGAGGACCGAGAGCAAACCGUGAAACAACUUGGUGAGUUCUUGAACACCAAGGUUGCCCCCAAAGAACUUGUUGAUGAAAUAAAGGAUAUUGGAAAGGCUCUUCUACCAUCCUCUACCGAUAAUAAGGCUCUUCCUGCUCCGGCAGAGAAAAGUUCAGAGCUUGCUACAGCUGAUAGCACUGUACAGAGAGCAGUAGCUACUCCCGAGUCCAAAGCUGAAGCAGUAGCAACUCCCGAGCCCAAAGUGGAUGCAGUAGCUCCUGAAGUAAACUCUGUGCCCAAAACUGAAGUCAAGGCAGAAGAAUCACUUCCUGUGCAACCAAGGCCACUUUCACCAUACCCAUAUUAUCCAGAUUUCAAGCCUCCAACAUCUCCUACCCCUUCACAGCCCUAGACCUUCACUUCUUUUAAUCUUGAACAGAAUUCCAUGGAAGGCAAAUCAAUUAUCCAAAUAUCCAGCAUGUAUCAAGAGGUGUACAACUCUACAAUCUAUAAUCCUAUCAGAAAUAGUCAUGCAUCUUAAUUUGCAGAUAAGAUCCGUGACAUACGUUGUAUAAUUUUGAAGUUGUUAUGAUUAUCCUUCCACUUUGUGCUACUCGGUACACUUUUUGUAAUUGAUGGAUGUGUUGUAGAGGUAGGUGUCAAGUUAACAUUGUAGUUAUUUUGAGAUUUAGUAUAACAUUUAAUCUUUCAGUUUUGGAGCAAGCAAAUAAGGUUUAUGUAUGAAAUUCUGCUUUGUACGGAUUCAUCAACACAAAUUGACUAUGCAAUUGUGAAAAGAAAAAUGUUGAUGGUA